UGCUGUUAUAUUGAAACAUCACGUAUUCCGGUUCCUGCUAACCAGAUCCGUCCUCUUAGCACCGCGUUUCCGGUUAAGUAACACUUCUUCCGAAGCGAUUUUCCUCCACUAAUCGUUAAGAUGAUUAUAUCUAAAAGUGUAUUAAUGAUGUAGUUGUGCAUUUCGGGAAGAAAGGACUGCAGACCGAGGGCUUGGGAAAACACGCAAACGGCGAUGGCUCAACAAAUGGCGCUUGACGACCGGGUCUUAAAAUGUAUGGGCGUCGGGAAAUGCUUCAAGGAGGGCCACAUGCGGAUAAACUCCAUGGACUUCUGCCGAACGGAGGACCUACUAGUAACGGGUAGUGACGACGAUUCUAUCCGCGUAUACAACGUUGCUCGGGGAGUCCCUGUGGACACAUUGCACAGCCGAAAGUACGGCGUGCAGAAUGUUUGCUUCACUCACCACUCCGACUGCAUCAUCUACGCUUCUCGAAAGGCUGCGGGCCCCCAGGUGAAGCCCACGGAGGCGCAUGCGCUGCGGUACCAUUCGCUGCACAGCAACCAGUACCUGAGGUACUUCAUGGGGCACACGGCGCAGGUCAACUCGUUGUGCUUCUCCCCCAAGAAUGACACCUUCGUGUCCGCAGCGCAGGACAAGACGGCUCGGCUGUGGGACGUGCGCACAAACAUCUGCCAGGGCUGUCUGCAGGUUCCCGGCAACCCAACCGCCUCCAUCGACCAGCAGGGGCUUGUGUUUGCAGUGGCAGCGGAGUCGGGAGUGAUCAAACUGUACGACCUGCGAUCUUACGACAAAGGGCCCUUUGACACGUUCACGGUUGAGGAGGAGAAGGGCUCCCCGGCUGGCUUCGCGGACAUCCGCUUCUCCAACAACGGCAACCUGCUGAUGGCGGUGGCGGAGGGGCGCAUCUACCUGCUGGAUGCGUACAAGGGCACGGUGUACAAGCGCUUCGCCAACGGUAUCCCCGAGGCGGGGGGAGCGGUGGAGGCGGCCAUCACGGCGGAUAACCAGUACCUGCUCAGCGGCUGCGACGACCGCGCCAUCCGCGUGUGGCACAUCGAGAGCGGUCGCGAGGUGGCCACCUGGCAGGGGCACUCGCAGGUGCCGGGCUGCCUGCGCAUGAGCGGGCGGCGUGCGCUGGUGGCGAGUGCGUGUACGGCGCUGGUGCUGUGGAUACCCAACUUGAAGAUACUGGAGGGGUUGCCGCCGGCGUGAUCUGGAGGGGAGGGGUUAAGACCAUCCAGAGGGAAACGAACCCGUUCUAAUGGUGGGGAGGGGAG